AUGGCUACCCCUGACCAGAAAGUGGUUUCUAGGCCCCAGAGACCCGCCCGGGGACCGAAGGGGAAUGGGGCCUGCCUGGGUGCCCUGGACAGCCUGGAGUGUAUGGAGACACAAGAGAUGGUGCUGGCAGAGGUAACCAUGCUGAAGAAGGCACAGGAAUUCUUCCAGACCUGUGACGCAGAGGGCAAGGGCUUUAUCGCCAGGAGAGAUAUGCAGAGGCUCCAUAAAGAGUUGCCCCUCAGCCUGGAGGACUUGGAGGAUGUGUUUGAUGCCCUGGAUGCUGAUGGCAAUGGCUUUCUGACUCCAGAGGAGUUCACCACUGGGUUUAGUCAUUUCUUCUUCAGCCAGAGCAAACCAAGUCAGGGAGAUGCAGGUGAACAGGUGGCCCAGUACCAGGAGGAGAAGGUGUAUCAGUCCAGAGCAGAGGAGGAUCUGGGUGACCUGGAUGAAGAUGAGGAAGCCCAGUUCCAGAUGCUGAUGGACAAACUUGGAGCCCAAAAUGUUUUGGAAGAUGAAAGUGAUGUAAAGGAACUCUGGCUACAGCUGAAGAAGGAUGAGCCUCACUUGCUGUCCAACUUCGAGGAUUUCCUGACCAGAAUCUUCUCCCAGCUCCAAGAAGCCCAUGAGGAGAAGAAUGAACUGGAGUGUGCCCUGAAAAAGAAAAUUGCUGCUUAUGAUGAAGAAAUCCAGCAUCUCUAUGAGGAGAUGGAGCAGCAAAUCAAAAGUGAGAAGGAGCAGUUUCUCUUGAAGGACACAGAGCGCUUUCAGGCCCGCAGUCAGGAGCUGGAGGAGAAGCUGCUGUCUAAGGAGCAGGAGCUGGAGCAGCUUGCCCAGAAGCAGAAGCGGUUGGAGGGCCAGUGCACAGCCCUGCAUAACGACAAGCAUGAAACCAAAGCGGAGAACACCAAGCUGAAACUCACCAACCAGGAGCUGGCCCAGGAGCUGGAGCGCACCUCCCGGGAGCUGCAGGAAGCCCAGCAGCAGCUGGAAAACCUCCAGCAAGAAGCCUGCAAACUCCACCAGGAGAAGGAGAUGGAAGUGUACCGCGUGACGGAGAGUCUGCAGCGGGAGAAGUUGGGGCUCCUGAAGCAGCUGGAUUUCCUGAGGGAAAGGAACAAGCAUCUCCAGGAUGAAAGGGACAUAUGUUUUCAGAAAGAUAAGGCAGCCAAAGCAAACACAGCUGCUCCCAAGGCAAGCUGGAAACAGAGAUCUGGCUCUGUGAUAGGCAAAUAUAUGGACGGCAGAGGGAUUCUUAGAAGCCAGUCAGAGGAGGAGGAAGAUGUGUUUGGCAUGAUGAGGAGGAGAAGCUCCCUGGGCCUGAAUGCGUAUCCCCUUACAGAAGAGGAGCCAGGAGCCAGGGAGCCAGGGGCUGAGGGUCCACUUCCCCGGGCACUCCGCAGAAUCAUCUCCAUUGAAGAAGACCCCCUGCCCCAGCUCCUUGAUGGCAGCUUUGAGCGGCCACUGAGCAAAUGCCCAGAAGAGGAGGAGGUCUCUGACCAGAAGGUGGAGGGACAAAGCCAGCAGUUCCAACCUUCUCAGCUGGAACUCACACCCACAUCUCCCCGAGGGCAGCCUGUUGGGAAAGAAGCUCUGUCUAAGGAGGAAGGCUCCCUCUCCACCCCAGACCGGCUCUUCAAGAUUGUGUUUGUGGGCAACUCUGCUGUAGGGAAGACAUCCUUCCUGAGAAGGUUCUGUGAUGACCGGUUCUCCCCAGGCAUGACAGCCACUGUGGGCAUUGAUUACCGUGUGAAGAUGGUACGUGUGGGUGACUCUCAGGUGGCCCUGCAGCUGUGGGACACAGCCGGGCAGGAGAGGUAUCAUUGUAUCACCCAGCAGUUCUUCAGAAAGGCCGAUGGUGUCAUCGUCAUGUAUGACCUCACAGCUAAACAGUCCUUCCUGUCGGUCCGGCAGUGGCUGAGCAGCGUGGAGGAAGCUGUGGGGGACUGUAUUCCUGUGCUUCUGCUGGGCAAUAAAAUUGACAACGAGAAAGAGCGGGAAGUUCCCAGGGGCCUUGGAGAACAGCUCGCCAAGGAGAACAAUCUGAUCUUCUAUGAAUGCAGUGCCUAUUCUGGUCACAAUACCAAAGAGUCCCUGCUCCAUCUGGCCAGGAUCCUCAAGGAGCAGGAAGACACAGUGAGGGAGGACACCGUUCAGGUUGCCCACCCUGCCAAGAAAAAACCCUGCUGUGGCUGA